AUGAAGCUAGUCCAAUACCUUAUUAAUAAUCAUCAAUUGCCUCUCACAUCAUUUGCAUUAUUUCAAGCAGUAAAUAGCACUAAACUAUCAUUAAUUAAAUUAUUAGUUAAUGAAUAUAAACUAGGUCCUCAAGUUAAAAGCGUUGAUCGUAUGCAAGCAGUUCAUUGUGCAGCUCAAGCUGGUGCUAUUGAUGUCUUAGAGUAUUUAGUAAAAGAUUGUGGAUGUGAUUUAGAUAGGGUAGGUGGAGCAUACAACAUGAAUGUGAUUCAUUUUUCUACAAUGAAUCGUCAUUUCUUAUUUAUCAAUUAUAUUAUUAAUAAUUAUCCACAAUAUACUAGUCUAUUACAUUCUACUGAUGAUAAUGAUGCUCUACCAAUUCAUUAUGCCUGUACUAGUGGUGUAAUACAACUAGUGACAUUUCUAAUUGAUGUAAUGAAAUGUGAUGUCACUACUGAAGGUAAGACUGGCUUCACUUGUGUCACUCAAGCAUGUCUCUCUGGUAAUCUUGAUCUUUUAAAAUUAUUAAUAAAACAAUACAAACUUAAUCUUAGAAUAUUUGGCAUAGCAUCAUCACCAGAAGCUGCAGUGAGGAAUGGACAUGUUCAUAUACUAGAAUGGCUCAGACAAGAGUAUCAUAUCAAUGUAGCCUCAUUUAAGAAUGGUUUAUUACCUUUUUAUGCUGCACAAGACAACCAUUUGUAUUGUUUAAAGCAUUUAUUAAACAAUUAUUCAUUUCAUGUUAAUGCCACUAAACCCUUUUAUGGUACUCCAUCUACUCUCCUUCACAUAGCAUGUCAGGAAGGACAUGUUGCUAUAGUUCUCUACCUCACUAGUCUUCCUCAGUUGGAGAAGCAUCAGUUGGAUCUCACUAUUAAAGAUUACAAUGGAAUGGCUCCAGUUCAUGUAGCCUGUGAAGAAGGAUCAUUGAGUAUAGUCAAGUACAUUAUAGACCAUUCACCAUUAUCUCUUGAUAUGACCGACUCUUUUGGACGUACUCCACUACUUAUUGCAGCUUUCUCUAAGAACCUUCCCAUCAUUCGUUACCUCAACAGUAAAAACUGCAACAUUUCUAUACUGGAUGAUAAAGGGUUUAACGUAAUACACAUAUCGGCAAAGGGAGGGUCUUUGGAUAUAUUGAGGUUUUUCGUUGAUGGUCGUUACUGUAAUCCUGAUAUCACUGAUGGUUCUGGUCGAGAUAAAGAGAUAUCCGAGUAUCUUGUACCUCGUGUUAGGAAUAAUCCAACUCCUAAGGAUAAAGCUGGUCGGUCUCCACUUCAUUAUGCUGGCAGACAUUAUGAGAUGUCAAUGUAUCUGAUUGAAUCGUUUAAUAUUCAUCCUGAAGACAAAGACAGUAAUGGAUUCACUGGUGUUCAUGCUGCCUGUCGAGGUGGUAACAUUCAACUUGUAUCACAUUACUUAACUAAUCUAAAAUGUGAUAAGAAUAUUCUAACAAACAGCUCCAAAGGAUUAUUAUAUUUUGCCUGUAGAAGUGGUAACUUGGAGUUGGUUCAUAUUUUAAUUGAUAAAUUUGAUUUGGUUCCUGUUCAAGGAGACGUUGAUGGUGCUAGGUCAGUCAAUGCUGAGUCUAUUGUUAAAUUUCUUGAGGCUAGAAUUAGUUUAUCAAAAUUAGUUCGUGAGUUUGUCGAAGAGGCAGAGAAAAGACAGCUAGUACCAAUAGCUACUAAGCCUCGUCCUUCAUUUUUAUCUUCUUAA